AUGGCUUAUAACAGCAGUGUUUAUAAACACAUUUUACUAUUAAUCAUAAUAUUUAUAAUCAAUACGAAUGGUGUGUAUAAUAUUGAUGUGGGUGAGGGUGCGGUCAAAGUGGUGUCACCGGUGCCCAGACACCAACUCCUACUCCGACGGCUACUGCAAUAUAACAGUCGGCCCUACAAUAUGUGCUCAAACAGGGAUAAGGAGAGAAUGCAGCAAUGUGAUACUUAUGCCGCCGAUGAUUGGGAUAUCAGCGAGGUGCCCCAGCUGUAA